GCCCUCGCUGCCCGUGCGGGAGCCUCUCCGCGGUCCUGCCUCGCUCCCUUCUCCAGCCGCCCGGGAUGGGCGAGCGGAGCGGCAGCCGCGGGCGGGAGCCGCGGGCAGCGCUGGGGCGGCGGCACAUGGCGGGCGGCCGCUGAGCGGAGCCGCGUCCCGGUGUGGGGCUCCCGCUCGCCGGCAGCGGGGCUGGGGACGGUGCCGGCGGCCUGGGAAGGGGCAGUAGUGAGGGACCGAGCCCCGGUCUCGGGCAUGGCGGAGACCCUGAGCCCCUGCUCCCCACGGGGCCAGUGCCAGCCCAGCAUGGAUGCCAACACCUCGUCCGCCAACAUGGACGCCAACGCCUCCUCCUCGGUGGUGGGCGGCAGCGCGUGGAGGGGCCGGGAGCCCUUCUCCAUCUUCACCGUCCUCAUCCUGACCCUGCUGGUGCUCCUGACCGUGGCCACCUUCCUCUGGAACCUGCUGGUGCUGGCGACCAUCCUGCGAGUGAAGGCCUUCCACCGGGUGCCCCACAACCUGGUGGCCUCCACGGCGGUGUCGGACGUGCUGGUGGCGGCCCUGGUGAUGCCGCUGAGCCUGGUGAAGGAGCUGUCGGCCGGGCGGCGGUGGCGGCUGGGCCGUGAGCUGUGCCUCGUGUGGGUGUGCUUCGACGUGCUGUGCUGCACGGCCAGCAUCUGGAACGUGACGGCCAUCGCCCUGGACCGCUACUGGUUCAUCACCCGGCAGCUGCAGUACACGCUGCUCGCCCGCCGCCGCAUCUCCAAUGUCAUGAUCGCUCUCACCUGGCUGCUCUCCGCAGCCAUCUCCCUCGCCCCGCUGCUGGGCUGGGGGGAGACCUACAGCCCCGAGCAGGAGCGCUGCCAGGUCAGCCAGGACCCGUCCUACACCAUCGUCUCCACGGGCGGCGCGUUCUACCUGCCCCUCUGCGUGGUGCUCUUCGUCUACUGGAAGAUCUACAAGGCGUCCAAGUUCCACAUGGGGGGCCGCAGGAGGAACGCCGUGGUGCCGCUGCCGGAGGUGAAGGAAGCUUCGCAGGAACCACAGAUGGUGUUUACAGCUCGUCGUGCAGCUAUCACUUUCCAGACAGAUGGAGAAACAUGGAGAGAACAGAAAGAGAAAAAGGCAGCUCUGAUGGUUGGCAUCUUAAUUGGAGUUUUUGUACUGUGCUGGAUCCCUUUCUUCAUCACAGCAUUAAUAAGUCCUCUCUGUUCCUGCAAUAUCCCACCCGUCUGGAAAAGCAUCUUUCUUUGGCUUGGCUACUCAAAUUCUUUCUUUAAUCCUCUCAUUUAUACAGCAUUUAACAAAAAUUACAACAAUGCCUUCAAGAACCUUUUUGUAAAGCAGAGAUAAAAGGGGAAACAGAGGAGAAAAUGAUUGCUCUAUUGCGUAAUAGAGAGAUUUCUUGAGGGAAACGUGCCUGUGAUAUGUACAGUUUUCAUGCACAAGAGCUACUUGAGGGGAUUUAGGAGCCGUGAAAAAGAAGAUGGAAGACGUCUGGAUAUAAACCUACUGAGAGUUUACAGUUCCCCCUUAGAAAUACCUAUGUGCUUCUCCAGGGUUUGGCAAAGAAGAUGGAAGCAGGGAAUGCCUCCCGUCUGCUCUUCAAACCAACGCACGCUGAGGUGUGCCAGCAAAGCCCGGUGUGUGGCCGGUGCUGUGGCUGGCACACCCAAUGGCUGAUCCCACCCAGCCGGCCAUGGGGCUGUGCUGGAGCUCUCCUCAUUAGCAAAGGCACCAGUGGGAGCUGCUAAUUGAGCAGUACUGGCAUGUUUGCGAUAUGGGCAGGAUGCUGGCUUCGGUUUAGAGAUUUAUUUGGAAGGGAAUAAACAUGCUGCAGUCAAUCAGUCCUUGAGUUGAUGUGAAAUUAAAGUGGAUGACUAAGCAGCUCAGAAACACACCCUGCCAGGAUUGAGGGGCCGUGUACUCUGCAAGCAGCAGGGCUUGAUGGGCAGGCUUGGUCAGAUGGGUCAGUUGUGUCCCCUGGAGUUAAGUGAAACAAGAGGCAAGUAUAAAAUUAUGCAGAGCCCCUGAAAAUGUGUUCUUACUGCUUGCACAGGAGGAUCUAGCGAGGAUUUUUCACCUGUGUUGUCCUCUGUCACUCUGCCAGGUUCAGGCUCUCCCUGUUUUAUGAAACCCAGGUGAGCUCAAGAUAGACACCAACACCUCCAAGUGAAUGGGGACUGAAUGCGUGGUUAUUUCGUGCUGCCAUAAAACUGAGCAGGCAUCUGUGUUACAAACACCAAACAUGAUGUUCAGUCACACCAGCUGUGCUGGCAGCAACAUGUGGCUGCUUGGCAGUGGGAGGUGAGUGCCUGCACUGUGUCUGGGGCCUUGCACCAUAAAUGUGCUCAUCACCCAACCUGAGUAAAGUCCACAAGUUGUCAGCUGGCAUCAACUUCCUCCUCCUGUAACAAAGGUGUUGAUGCUAUUGGGUCUAAGUGACUCCCAAAAACCCAAAGGGACUCAAACCCAAGCCUUAAAUUGUUUUCCCAAGAUCUGACAAACACCCCAUACCCAACAAUAUAUACAUAAAUAAUGUAUUUCCUGCAUACUGCCAAGCCCAUCUUGCUCCGUAUUUGUUUCUCUGGUGGGCUUUACUUCCUCCCCUGCUCUGAGUGGGAGAGCUGACAGCAUCUCUGUGUAUUUCUAGCAUGGCAGCUUUUUACUGACAUAGAGUCCCAGGAAGCUUAGGGAAGCUUGGCUGCAUCUCAGGAGCACGGUGUAUGGUGAGGUCAGGCAGUGCUGUACCUCACACCUGCACUGCUGUGGCAGUCCAGUGUGACCUGCUGUGCCUGCAGCCACUGCCUCCUGUGUGUCUUGCAUUCCUGCUGAGGAUGCUUCUCUCAAUUUCAGUGGGAAUUCAGAAGUUUUAAUAACCUAGAAUUUCGAAGAGUAGUUAGAUAGUGACUCAGACUUAAAUGCCAAUUUAAAUAACUUUCCCUUCUGAUUCUCAACUUGCCUGCAUAUGGAAUAGCUACCAUUCCAACCAGAGUUUGGAGGCUUAGUUAAACAAGAAGGAAGGCACAUAUGUGAGAGACUGAAUGCUACUAAAACCUGCAGCCUCGUUCAGAACCACUGACAGUUUUUUCAAGUCAGUUGAAUUUUUUCAUAUAAGAGAGUCAUUGCUCUAAAACCUUUAAAAUCCAAACAGAUGAUAUGGAAGGAGGAAAUGAAGAGGUUGUCUUGAGUUGGUGUUGAAAAGCAUACAAAUCUUCUGCAUGGGGCACUCCUGAUAUUUCUAGUAACAUGUUUUGGCCAAAUUUUAGUGCCUGUACUCCCUCGUCCUGGUAAGCGAAGCCAUUACUGUCGCACAAAUCUAAUGCCAACCCUUGGCCCAUCCCAGUCUGGCUGCAGGAGCAGCAGUGAUACUCCAGCUGCACAUUCCAGCUGACUGGAGCAGCACCCGGCUCUGGUUCCUGCGCAGGAGCCCUUCCCUGGAGUGACACAGGCUGUGAAGGCACCUCCUACCAUGGCUUGGCCUCUGGAACUUGGGAGAACCCCACAGAGCUGUUCCUGCAGCUGCGCACGUGGCAUUACUGCAGACACUGACGGGCAGCAGGGUGCCUUCAGCUCACAGGAGAGCUGCAGCAGGGCACUGACGCAGCUCUCCUCCUCCUCAAGGAUGAAUUUAGCUCCCUUAGGAGGUGAGGCUGGGCCUCUGGAAUUUUGCUGUGAGCAGAUCUGAAGAGAAGCAGCCAGUGCUCUGCCCACCCAAGCAUCUGUGCCAGCAGUGUGUGUUACAGUGACAGGCUCGCACAGCCUGGCUCCCUACCGAGAAGCAAGUGGAGCUUUCAUUUCAUUACAGUGGCUUUAGGAAACUCUUAACAAAAUCAACUUCCCACACUGGCUCUAAAUGCAGACUACAUUUAGAAGAGCAGCAGCACAUACUCAGGAUUUAAAAUUCUGGUUUUUAAUCACAGCUUACUCCAGGGCAAAGAAAUUAUGGUGUCUGUGGUUGUUGCCUAACCUGCUGGAUGGUCCCAUAUGAACUAAGAUAAAUGAACUAAAAUAAAUGACACAGUAUCUUGACUGUCCAAACAGAAAAAAAUAAAAAAUAAAAAGCAGGUAUUCCAAAGGAACAUCACUGGGCAGAGCUUAGACGUUACAGUCAUUUAUUUCCCCAACUGAAGCUGCCGAUUUGGAAUACACCAAUCGUCUCUGUACACAGUGGACUGCUAGUUUUAAACUUUAUUUCUUGACAUGGAAUUUGCUCCUAGAAAAACUAACCAGAGCCUAUUGCUCAGCAGAAGGGCGUUGCUGCAUCCUGCAGCAAGGCUCUGGGAAUCCUGCAGCAGCUGUAUCUAAAUUAAGGUCUGUUUGCUGUGCUGUUGGAGCCCAGACUGUGCAGAAAUGAAAGGGCUUUGGAAGAUGAAUGUGAGCAGAAAAUGCUGAUAACCCUUAGAAAGAAACUAGGUUUUGCUGCAAGUCCUGUAAAUGUUACAAGCCUGGUAACACUAGAUGAAUUCAGGGUAAGAGCUUUCUCUUUCAACAAAGAAAUCCAGCAAUACUGAAGUAGAAUUCUAAGUCUCAGUUCCUCCCUUGCAAUCAGCCAAGAUGGAGAAUUAAGGCAGAUUCUCCUUGCUAUAGGUUCCUGCCCAGGUAUGAGGAGAAAUGGCACCCAACACAUAGAGCCUGUGCCAGAAAGCCAGAGCUGGUGGAACUGCUUUCACACCCUCACCAGCCUCCUUUCUUCUUUUCACAUGGGUCUCACAGCAAAGGUAGCAUCCAUCUGCCCUGGGCUCCAGCUACAAUAGACAGUUAUUAUCUGGACUCUGAUUUAUUCUUUGUGAGCAACAGCUGCAUCUUCAAAAACCUCAGAUUUAUAUUUUAGUAAAAAUCACAAGUUCCUGGUCAGAGCAACGGAUCUCACGUUUUUAUAUUUCUUGUGGAAAUUUCCAGGUUACUGUGUUUGUAGCAGGUAAGCGUAAAUUUCAACAUUAUACUGAACAAAUAACCACAUCAUUUAUUCUACGUGCAAGUUCAUUACUUACCCUACCUAGGAAAUUUUGCUUGAUGCUAAAAAGCAAUUGUGAUUAAAAUGAUAAAUCCCAAACUGAAAUGUCCAUUCAAGUUACUUUUUUAGAGUUGCAUGGUACACUAGCACAGCACAGCUUGAAUUCCCAAGCAGGUGUCCUUGGUGCCAAAGUUGAAUUAUUCAAUUCACAAACUGGAAAGAGCCUUACAGUUUUUAUAGAGGGCAAAGUUUGUAGACAGAAAUAACACCUUCUGUAGCUGACUACAGAAAGUCUGCAAGUAGCACUCAAUGCAGGUUUCCUUCUUUGAAGGAAUGCUGAAUGUAAAUUUUUCCUUCUUUGAAAGGACUUGGAAUCUGAUUCUGCCUUUGUUGUUUUGCUAGCUCUGGGCAGACUGACUUUUUGAACAGAUGCAAGAGGAGCAGCCCAGAUCUAUUCCCUCACUAACCCGUGUUGGGGAGCAAGGUUCCAGCUGGCUCAGUGGGAAGGUUUUCUUUCUGUUUGUGCUGAAGAACAGGACCAGGACAUCAAAAAACCAGUGACUCAUUUGACUAUGGACACGAUUCAUCUUUUAAUGCACUUGUAAUUCAAGAGCCUGGGAAAGCUUCCAAGGCAAGUUCCACCUUAAAAACACGAUAGCAGAAUGUGACUGGAUUCCAAACAUUCUUUAUUUUAUAUUCACUGCCAUAGAAAGUAAUUGAACAGCACUGUCAUCAGUGUCAGUGGGAAAAAGGAACAUGGAUUUUCUUCUCCUGAAGAUGACAUGUACAUUAAGAAGUCAGUCCAAAAUCCUGGUGUUAAGUACAAAAAGCAACUGUUUGAAUUAUAAAAUACUGUAUAUACAGAUACAAAAAAUGUUUCAGAAAGUGUCCCACAAAGUUUCUGAACUUUCAAGAGCAAAUCUUCAGCAGGCAGCUCUAGUAGUCACAAGUCUUUCAUGAGAGGAUUCCACGUAAUUCAGAAAACCUUUCAAGAUUUCCACUGUGUUGGAAAUUGUGCCAACCUAUGGAGCCUUGUGGGCACACACCAGAACCCAUGCAGGGUAUGACAGACAAAGGGAGAAGAGGAAGAAGGAACCAACUGGCUCAUUGAUUCUCUUCAAUGUUUUCAGUGGAAGAUGUUCAGUUAGGUCAAAAACAAAGCGCUGAAUAUUGUAACUGAAAAACAUUCUGGUACAAAAAUCACAAAAUCACUAAGAUUGGAAGUUAUCCCUGAAAACUGUCUUGUCUAACAGCCCUUGAAUCAAAGUUCAAAAAAACCACAUUUUGGCAACUGAAGGUCACCGGAACCUGGCUAAAUGAAAAGCCUCUAAAAACCUCCAAAAAUACCCCAAAUCACAGAAAAACUGGCCAGAGAUUUCCAGCUCAUUUCUCUAGAAGCUUAGCUUAGAAUGCAGGCUCGCAACCACGACUGAGCAGUGUGUUAUCCUGAGAUACUACUCACACUUUGUACUCUAGAAAACAAAGCCCCAUAAAAUUCAAAGCAUCUUAAAUCUACACCCAAAGCUGCACAAGUCUCUUUGAUCCCAGUCUCUCUGUACUUCAGAUAUAAAUGAAGCUCCAUCUUCUAAGCAGGUAGCUCUGACCAGAGACUUUGAAUUAGACAUGACAGGGAAUCUGCAGAAAACUGAAUGCAAAACAACAAAGUUCUUUAUAGUUGGACUUGAUUAAAAAAACUGCAUGGCACAGCAAAGAGGGGGGAAGAAGUACUGCAUUUGUACUCACAUCUAUUCCAUGAGUGAGACAACACAUGUGGAGGGACAGCACAAGACUGUGCCCCUGGAGAUGCCUCAGCAGGGCAAGGGAUUUGGAUCACACUCAGAUAACCAGUUUGGAACUGCUCACCCUUCCAGAGCUUGGUUCACACACAUAUUUAAUAAAUGCAGAAUAUCUCCGAAUCAUUAGCUAGGUUUUCUUACUGUAAUACACAAGCUAGUUAAAUAUACACCAGUAAGCAUACUGGUCUGUUAUAAGUUUAAUGGAACAACUUUGAAAUGUUUUCCAAUUUUAUAAUUUCUGACCAUAACAGCUAAAGACAAUUUGUAUUCUGCUCCUACCAAGUUAUUUCAGGAUUGUGUUAAUAAAAAAUGAAAGAAACCAAUCCCUUCAAGAGAUGGCUUGUAGUUCUUGACAUAGUUUGGUUCAGAACCAGUUAUGUCAUGUCAGUGGAAACAAUAGAAGCAAUCUAAUGGCAAGGCAAAUUAAUUAAACACAACUCAAACUCACAGCAACCUCAUUUGUAAAUGGUAAAUUAAGGACUUUCAAAACACACUGGUCAUUAACCUAAAUGAUAGAACCUGUUGCAGACAAAAUUUAGUCCAGAGAUCUUGUACAUUGAGUUUCACCCCUAGGAAAAUUCUUAAAGCCCAGCUUAUAAAACCUCAAAAAUAUGAUGUGUAACGUAAGUACCAAAGACCUUUAAAAUACCACCAAAUCAGUAAGUUCUGUUGUUACAUGCCAUAUGCUUAAAAUGCAAUUGCCCUCCUUUCAGGGCUUUAGCCUUCAGCAGGAUGCUCCUGCUUGAUAUACAUACCCUGACUGUAAAGUUCAAUAAAUCUCUUCUGAUACUGUGUGAGCUCAGCUCGGCUGGGUACUUCAUCAAUCUUGCGUUGUAAAAUGGCUAUUUCUCUGUUUCUUCGUGCCUGAAUAGAAAGUUAGGAGGGGAGAAAAGAAAGCCUCUUCUUGUUCUCUUCUUAAAAUGGAUGAAGCCCCCCCAGUAAUACUUUGCUAUUAAAUAAUUGAUUUUAAAAACAAAAAGCAUUGGCUGAGGAUCAAUUUUUUUUUUUUUGCAAUUGAUUUCUGGCAGAAACACUUGUUAAAAUUAGAACAACAAAAUGAAGUAUUAGAAGUUACAAGAUAAGACAAACAUCAACUAUUUUGUACAAGUACCCAAAGAGAUACUCACCAGUAGCAGGCGGAUCUUUUGCAGUUUCUCUUUCUCAGCUUUGUACUGCUGUUCUAUAACCUUAUUUGGCUCCUGGAAGUUGAGAACCCAAAACAGGUGUGUAUUACAGUAGCAUAUGAGAGCUGCAGUGCAAAAAUGGGCAGACUGGGUUUGUCUGUCUUUGGCUCCCACAAUAACAUCACCAUUUGUUGUUUAGGGUUUUUUUAAUAAUUCAUGAUCUGUAUUAAAAGCCUGACAUAAUUUAUUGUAAACAAGUGCAUUUAGAUAGCUUUUAACUUUUGAUAUUUUAGUUUUUAAGAGUUAUCAAUAGUUUUUGCACUGUCACACUUUAUACAGUAUAACAGUCACACUUUAAAUGAAGAUACAGAUCGAAAGAUUAUCAGUAUCUCUUGUCUGUGUUUAUACUUUGAUUCAGCAGUGGGAUUAAGAAUAAACACGGCACCUGAACAGAACAUAAACCCUCUGACACGUAUUCUAGAUUUCCUGCAGUGUGGACUUCAAGGUAACUUUUUCCUGCUAAAAAAUUUAAGAUUUAGAUUUACAUUUUAAUUUUUUCAUGCUGUGUUGAGGAGGAUAGCAGCAUCAUGGAAGUUGUAAUCUGCCUUGUUCCAGAGGCGUGAAUGCAUCAAAUGUUUACCCACUGAAAAUAAAGUCAUUGAAGCUUUUC